UUUCGUCCCGCCUACCUGUGACAUGCUGUGUGUGAUUGGCUCGUUCACGCUGCUAUAGCUUGUAAAUUGGCUGAGGCUACUGUCUGUUCGUUCAGAGCGUGUUUAGCCAAUUCCAUUAGUGGAAUCGGAUUUAUCCUGUAGUCCAACUGUUCAUGGUUCAUUGUUUGGGCCUGUUGGUUCCGCUAUUCUAGGACGAGAUUUUGUUAGCUCGGCUAAAGUUGACUGCUGUUUAGUAUUUUUUAUUCAUUUAUUUAUUUAUCAAAUUCCGGAGAAUCCGUGGAACGCUAAGAGGAACCACUCCCGAAAUGUCUUCGGAGGAAGACAGGGCCAAGGAGAUACUAAAGGGUUUUAAAUUAAACUGGAUGAAUCUCCGCGAUGCAGAGACGGGGAAGGUGCUGUGGCAAGGAACAGAGGAUCUGUCUGUACCAGGGGUAGAACAUGAAGCUCGUGUCCCAAAGAAGAUCCUGAAAUGUAAAGCUGUUUCCAGAGAGCUGAACUUCUCUUCCACUGAGCAGCUGGAGAAAUUUCGGUUGGAGCAAAAAGUUUUCUUCAAAGGACAGUGUCUAGAAGAAUGGUUCUUUGAAUUUGGUUUCGUCAUCCCAAACUCCACCAACACAUGGCAGUCUCUGAUAGAAGCAGCUCCUGAGUCCCAGAUGAUGCCAGCCAAUGUCUUAACUGGUAAUGUGAUCAUAGAGACAAAGUUCUACGACAAUGAUCUUCAUGUGAGUACUUCCAGGGUUCGGCUUUUCUACAUCUGACAUCUGAACCUCGACCUCUGACCUUCCAACCUGCUGAUGUCCUGCCAAGAUCUGGAAGUAAACAAUGGAAGUUAGCUACAGUCUGCCGCCGUCACCUAUUACACAGUCAUGAAUCAGCAUGUUUAGGCUGAGCCCUCUGUGCUGCCACCAUCACUUAAGUGAACUUUGUGUUUUGUUCCAUUUUCUUUUUGGAGGAGAGAAAUUAGGAAGAAAAAAAAUCCCUGAUUUGGAAUUACAUCUCUAUGUUGUCCCUUUUAAUACUUUGCUUGAUCUGCAGGACCACUAAUUCAGGUCAAGCUAUAAAUAAAGAUUUGCAUUUACUCAGGAACACAGUGGCAGACACCUACCUUUAUGUUGAAGAGAAAGUCAGAGAAAAUGCUCAAAAUAUUUUCUAGUUCUGGUUCAAAGCUGAGAUGCACUCCAUUAAAAUUAGCCUAAACUAUGAAAGCAAGGUCAAGAAGAGUUCAGUUCUUGGAUUACAUUUUAAACACACACACAAUGUACUACACAACUCAUUAUAAGACACACAUUCUCAUUUUUCUUAAAGCUGUCCCCCAUUACCUCCAGAAGAGGUAAUGGAGGAACACUUCUUACCUUUGGAAGAGGUAAUGGAAGGACAAAAUAUUGACUACAACUAGUGGCCCGGUACCUGCUGGGCUUUGUUCACCAAACUCACUCUUGUGAUGAAUUAGUCAUUGCUUACUUAGCACCUGUUUGUCCACUACUGAAGGGGAGAUCUGUGUCACUACCCCCCUCGUCCCCUUUGUAUACAUCAAAUCUCUCAGGCACUGGCGGAGACUGACAGGCGGUGAGACGGCAGUCCUGAUCUGAGCAUCGAAACUGUCUGGAGAACAUCCAGGGGACUGGGCCCGGGUCAGGGUUUGUUCUGAAGAGGAUGCCCAUCUCUGGGCUGCCUCUGGAGGGGGGACAAACUUCUGAUAACACUUAUACACUACAAUAGUUGUAGGUUUCAGAGAAAUCAGCUUGUAACGGAGUUAAAUAUACAAAGCACUGAAUUAUCCGGAGUGACUCGCGUUAACCUUAAAUACUGUUGAGAUGUUUGUGUGACGCUCACCAGCAAACCACUAGUUUUUUUGCAGUUAUUUUGCUCCUUUGCUUUAGUGUCAAAGAUCAACUUGAUUCAGAAGUUAAACUUCUUAAUGUCUUUGAUGUAGAUAAUUCAUUGGCUUGUUUUUGUAUCUAGCUACGUCUCCUGUCUGUUGCCUGGCUCUCUAUCUUCUGGCUAGAUUUGAACAUUGCAUCGAUUCACUGUGUUUCUGUUUUUCUUAGCUUUUGGAAGAGCUGUGUAAAAUAGCCAUGUGUUUUAAUACGACAGGAUUUUAUGGAUUAAAGUCAUACACUGUUGUAAUAACAUGA